AUGGCCGAGCGCGAGUCCGGCAUCGGUGCCGGAGCCUCGCACACCUCGGGCCCGCUCGCAAGAAGCAUGCACUCGGAACCCGAGCAUGGCCCGUUUGCCUUCUCGCAAGACUACGAGCAGCGCUUGCGUCAGCUGAUCCGCAGCCCGGAGCAGCUGGCCAAGGCGGGCUACGUGGUCCGCCAGCUCUCGCCAACGGAGCUGGAAAGGAAGAAGCGCUGCGCGUCUUGCUCCAAGGUUCUCAAAGCCCGCGACAAGAUCCAGGACACGACGCAGGCCCCGUCGUUUGCCCGUCGUGAUAGCUCACAAUCCCAGCACCCAAGGACCAGCUCAAGGAAUUUCACCACGGACGCCUCGGCCCGCCGGUCUGAUACUCGCAAGGACGGCGGCCAGAACGCGGCUGGCCAAGAUGUGUUGCCUGAGCCGGACAAAGCGAUGAACGCCCGCUGCACAUUCCAUCCUGGCAAGGUCGCUUAUAGGAAAUGGACUUGCUGUGACGGACACAUCAUGGCGAAACCAUGCACUAAGCGUGAGAACCACUCGCCACGUGCCUACGGCCGCGGCGAACUGGAGGAGAACUGGAAAUUCUUCGCCACUCCGGCCCCCUUGCCUCCUGGACGCCGGAAGUCAGCCGUUGUCAUUGAUUGUGAAAUGGGCAACGCCGCCUCGGGCGAGUCGGAAUUGAUACGCGUGUCCGUCGUCGAUUUUUUCACGCGCGAAGUGCUCCUCGACAAGCUCGUGUCGCCACGCGUCCAGAUGGCCCAUUACAACACACGCUACUCUGGCAUCACGCGACAGAUGAUGGAAAACGCCCGCCGGCGCCGCACAUGUCUCGAUGGCCGUGAGGCAGCCAGGGAGGCGAUCUGGCGAUUUGUCGGCCCGGAGACGAUUGUGGUUGGCCAUGGCGCCCAGUCGGACUUGACGUCCCUGCGCUGGAUUCACACGCUGGUAAUUGACACGUUGAUGGUCGAGAUGAAUAGGCGGCGGGCAGAACGAGAGAUGGCAGAAGCCGAGAAGGCAAUGCAGGCCGAGGACAACGGCGAACCCGAUAGUGACGACGGCGGCGCUGCCCUUGAGGCAGGCGACGACAACGAACCAAAGCCGGCGUCGCAAGCAGAAGGGGGUUUGUCGCUCAAAGCCCUGGCGCUUGAUCGGCUCAACAGAGUCAUUCAGGUGAGAGGCCAAGGUCACGAUAGCGUUGAGGAUGCCAUUGCGACCAGAGACUUGCUAUGCUGGCAAGUCUCGCAUUAUACCCUGCUGGCGGAUUGA